AUGGCCUCAAUGGUGUCUGUGCCAAUUCGUUGGACGUCGUUCAACGCCGCGGUUCAUGCGACGCAAACGGGACGAGAUGGAAAGAAAAGUAGGCAAUUGGGUUGUGCGAUGGAGACGGGUUGGUGUGCCCUCGCGACCGUCGACAUGAGACCAGACCGGGUUCCAUUCAAUUGCAUUGAAUUGCGUAAAAUCACUUUUCAUUGCACUGUAGAGUCGUUUCGUCGUGCCGAAGAGGCUCUCCUCCGAGCCUCUUCGCGUUCAGCAUCUCCUCUUCCCGGCGCGACUGGUCGGUGUUGCUUCUUCACAGACUCGCCAACAAUGCUGUCCCCUUCAGUCUUUUCUUGUCGCCGGCAUUCUGUUGCACCAACUGUCCGCGGUUUCUGCUGGUCUGUUGUCGGACUUGUUCACUCGCCGACACGCCACCUCGGUCGCUUCCUGUCUGUCUAUCUUGGCCCAUUCGCCUGCUCUCUUUUCAUCCUCUCUCGCUCCCUCGCUCUCGAAUUCUCCUUUUCUCGCUCACUUUCUCGCUUUCUCCUUUUCUCGCUCUCUCGCUUUAUCGCUUUCUUGCUCCCAUUUUCUCGCUCUCUCGUUCUCUCGUUUUAUCGCUCUCUCGUUUUCUCGUUUUAUCGCUUCCUCGCUCUUUCGCUCUCUCGUUUUAUCGCCUUCUCGCUCUCUCGUAUUCUCGUUUUAUCGCUCUUUCGCUUUCUCGCUUUCUCCAUUACAUCACAGUUGCCCCUUUCCUCCGCACAGUUACGCAAGGGGACUGGGACUUGAGCAGGUACCUGCCACGUACGAUGCUUUCCCGACGCGACCGGCGAGCAGGUGACAUUCUGCUCUUCGCUUUGCAAUCUGUUCACUCUUGUCGACGGCUUCGUCGUCUUUCGCCAACUAGCUCGAAUAGACAUCGUUCGAGCAAGACCGGGACUCGAAUCCUCGCACAGUCAGUUGACUAGGCCUCGUGUUCCCGUUCGACUUGACGCACAAGCUUGCCGCGCCGAGGCUAUUCGCAUGGCAACAGCGUGCGUGGUGAGACUCGAGCCCGGUGCAGACUGCAACCCAGACCGAUCCGGUCGGGAGGAGAAUGCAUUUUGGGAGGCAAGAUGA